CACUACACCGCCUACCAGGGACUAGCGACCUCUUUCUCUUUCGGAUCAGUACUCGUCUAUAACAGACAUUCCGAGCAAGUUGUUAGUCUGCACACUGCGCGCAUGUGUUCGUGCGUCGGUGCGUGCGGCACCUUGUGUUUCAUCGUGCAGCAAUGUCCUUUGAAAGUUUUGUGAACUCAAUAGUUAAUCAUAUAGAAAAAGGACAAUACACAAUACCACCUUACUGUUGUCUUCUGGACUAGCGCAUCUCGAAUGAGGUCACACAGACAUACUUUCUCUCUACGAUAUUGAGUUCCCAUGGCUGUCAACGACUUUCGCGAGGCUCUGAUUCCUCUUCGUGUGUCGGAGCAGACAUUGCUGGUUGCCUGUUGCGCACUAGGAAGUAAUUUCCACAAACACGGGUACAUGGGUGUACGGGUACAAAGUCGGCUUAAGUUUUCAGACGGGAGGAGCGACCACAUUCAUCGGCUGACAGUUGGUGGCAAAGCUUGCACGGGGAAGGGGUUGCUCUUGUCACAUCAGCCGAGAAUAUAGAGAAGAUUAAGUCUUGUUCGCAGUGGAUAAACAGAGUUCGCCAGAAGAGUCCUAGAACUGUCACUCAUCAGAUGUGAUUCAAACUCUGCUGCAAUGCUGUGGAUUCUCGCCCUGGCUGCUGUCAUCGCAGACACUAGUCUUUCGGUGAGUUUGCCCAAGGGUCUCGAAUGUCAGCCAGGGUGGACGAACCUGGGUGUGAGCUGCUUUCGCGCAUUUACUGCACAACUGCCUUGGGACACUGCAAGUCGAGUGUGCGAAUGGCACGGAUCUCACCUGCUGAAAGUAAAAGAAUUAGACGAUGACCUUAAUGUUACAAGUCUUCUGCCGCCAGACGACAAGCUGAAGGAGUUCUGGAUAGCUUUGUCAGGAUCUCACCUGACAGCAGACACCGUGACCAACAGCUACGCCGACGAAAACCAUGUCGCCGUUGCCGUCAGCAAGUGUGUACUGGCAAGAGCAGGGGACGGUCACGUGAUCUGGGCACUGGCCCCAUGCGAAAGAAAAUCAUCUUUUAUCUGUACGAGACCUGCUGCACCAGAAGGGUGUUUCCACUGCACCAAUGAGAAGUUCGUGUUGUCCCGCUUUGCUUGUGACGGAGAGGACGACUGCGGAGAUGGAUCUGAUGAAAUCGACUGUGAGAAGCACUGCAGUUAUCUCUUGCAAGAACCGGAAGGACCGAUUUUCUCCCCUGGCUGGCCUGACGUCUACCCACGAAACGCACGGUGCUUCUGGAAGGUGCGACUACAGCUGGGCUCUAACGUGCGUUUACAGUUCACAGAUUUCUCCACUGAACCGGAUGUGGACGUGGUGACGGUGUAUGUCGGCGGACCUACGAUACAAACAUCUCGUCAGGUGGCGCGCUUGUCGGGACAGCUGAACGACACAACUUUACCUACGUUCAUCAGCGACAACCACUUCCUCCUCCUCACCUUCGACUCCGACAUCACGCAAAGCAGUCGCGGCUUUAGCGCCGUCUUUACGACAGUCAAGGCAACGGGAUUUUCUGCCCAAGGGAAACGCCUGACGGCUACUCCAGAGGUGGCGGAUCUGUUUUCACCUUUCUACCCGAGUUACCUGGCCUGGCAGGACUACACCUGGGUCAUCACGGCAGACAAGGAGGACAAAACGAUAACUCUAGAGAUCGUGGAUGUAAAUCUGACAGGGCGCGACAAGGUGCUACUUCGAGAUGGAGAAACGGCCUAUGGUACCCUACUGACGGAAGUGACGUCCUCCACUCGUAACUUCCUGCCCUACGUUCUGACAACUGGUCGACACCUUUACAUCACCAUGCAGACUCGCGGUCCGGAUGUAGGCAAGGGAUUCCACUUCCGGUAUUGGCAGGGAUGUUCAGUGAAAUUGAAUGCCAUCAAUGGUACAGUUCACUCUCCCGGAUACCGGAAAGGAAAGGGGCAUUACGGACUACGACAAUCUUGCAUCUUUGAUGUUACAAUACCACAGCUACAAACAGUAACAAUUCAGCUUAAUCAUGUGGAUCUUGAUGACAACGACUACCUUCUGCUGUACGACAGUGACCAUCUCCUGCUCAACGUCACAAGGUCGCCAUCCCUUGUACCCUUUGACGUCAGCAGCGGCCGGUUCCGCGUGAUCUUCGAAUCAGACGACAGUUACACGAGCAAUGGCUUUUCCCUCACUUUCUCUAUCAGUUGUCCCAAGUUGCAGUUGGACUCCCAUACACUGAGCAGCCCACAGCUGUAUGUGUAUCGUUUUGGCGCCAAGGUGGUUGUGUCCUGUGCUGAUGGCUACUCCUUUCAUGACUCGGACAGUCUUCAUGCAUCACAAGACACCCCAUCAACCGGAUCACUAGAGCUGGAGUGUUUAGAGGGAGGCGUCUGGAGCGUCACUGAACUACCUUCUUGUAAAUUACAAUGUCCCCCGGGUUCGUAUCGAGAGAAUGUGUCCCAACAGUGUGAGGAGUGCGACAAAGGCCAGUAUCAGCCUUCAGCUGGCGCCACCUCUUGCCAGGAAUGCCCCGCCGGAACUACCACUGAGGCAUCGGGGAGCCGAGACGCCAUGGAAUGCAAACUAAAAUGCCAGGCGGGAUAUUUUUACAACCGGUCAGCAGAGGGAUGUUCUCCGUGCCCACAGGGCUAUUACCAGGACACUUCGGGACAUUUCUUUUGCAUGCCCUGCCCUCCGCACACGUCCACCGCUCAGCCAGGCUCCAACUCCUCCCGCCUGUGUUUUGACGAUCGCGUGUAUGACGGCGACCUGGAGAGCCAAGGACUGGUCAUCGUGGACUACCACCACGACACCGUCGUCAAGACGCUGGCUCGCAAAAGCAACGCACCACACCGCCUCUUCUUCCUCAGCGACAUCACAUCUGCGAGAAGAAACAGGAGCCGAGACCCAGACCAUAGUUCUACACACGCUCGGCAUGAGAGAUCAGUAACUGUGGAUGCCGAGGACUUGAUAGAAAGCGGGUGUGGCUCAGGAGAAAUCUUGCACUGCGACGACAUGCAGGCAUCGAUGUGUAACGAUACACAAGAUUGUUUGUUAUCAGACAGCGGGAGUCCGUAUUGCAAGUGCAAACCCAUAUACUGGGAAACCUCGGAUCACCAUUGCGUUCCCUAUGAAGAUGGCCAGAUGCUGUACCUGACUACACCUCUAGGUGUGCCUUUUAACAAAGAUCUCAAUAAUAAGUCUGGAAUCAGUUUUAAGACAUUUCAACGGGAAUGUCAAGACACAUUUGUUGAUAUCUUUAAGAUUGUCGAGGCCUACAAAUAUCUGGGAGUCCUGGAAUUCAGGUCCGCGAAUGACAAUGCUAAGACUGUGGUGGUCUUCGCCCUCCUGUGUUCUACAAACAUCACGAAUCAGAUCGUGGUGAGGGUAGCGCAGAUAGUGCUGAGUUUGGAGAACAACAAGACUGUGAUAAUCGGAAACCAAACGUUAGGCAUUACGUCACAUAUCGGUAUCUUCACCUCCCUGUCGGCCACGAACAGCAGCCAUGAUGCGGUUGACUGGUGUAACGAAGCCCUCUCUCCGUCCUGUCCUCCCGGGGAGCAGUGCGUUGACACGGAACUCCGUUACUUCUGCGCACCCGUGUCUUCAGAUCCUUACACCAGCAAAACUGGGGCGAUCGCAGGCGGCGUCAUCGGUGCAUUCGUGGCUGUCGUACUCAUCUCAGUCCUCGCAGUUUUCAUAGUCAAAAAGAGACGAAAAAGCCAGGAAGAGCGACAUGCUUUGCGGAGUGGUCCACGGGAACGACAAUUUAAUACCUACACGUCCACGGGAGUUCUAGAAAUAGGAACUGAGAGAGGCGAAAGCAGAGAGGAUCUAUCGGCCGAUGAGCUCAAUCCAUACGACGUGCUGUUAGAAGGAUUCGCCGACGGAAGGAAGAAUACAGAUAAAGGAAAGACUGAAGAGAAUUUGUACUACAACACGGGACCAGGUGCCCAACAGGACCGGCUGGGCGGCGAAGCCAGCGGAUUGAGCGUCGGUGAUUACGAGCAGCUCGACGCCAAGACACGUGCCUUCUACGGGGAGGACACCCCAGAACAUACGUACACGGAGAUGGGCGAGGGAGCCGAAGAAACGAGCUUUUACGAGUCGUUAAAGGAAGGCAGCAAGAAGCGGGAGUCGGAGCACGUGUAUACUGGUUUAGGGCGACGUGAAGGAACAUUUGCGGAAGACAAACCUUACGCCAACUUGCGUUCAGACAGCCAGCGCCCACCCGCGACAUCAGCCAGCCACAAGGCCGGCAAAAACUGAUCUCACGCAACAUCAUCAACAGCAAAGUCUUUGCUAGUGUUUCAAGGAAAAGAGCUCUUCUGGUGGUGUGAAAAGGAGAUAAUUUGUUUUGGUGACCCGCUCGUUAGUUCUGAGGGAAAGGUAGACAAUGUAAAAGUGGGCGCUAAUUGGAUAGCUCACGAUGUUCGUUGUGACGAGGAGGGCGAGGAAGAGUGCUUGUUUUGGAGAAGCAAAUACAGGUCUAGCCACAUCGAUAACUGAUGACAAAGACAAUGAGGUGGAUGGGCGGCACUCCUCCUUUGUACUGUGCUGGACAUGAAAAGUUAAUCAUUGAGGUGAUGAGGAAUCAUAAGCUUCAGUCAAAAAAUAAUUGGUUGUUCUUAGUAGUAGUAACCAUCCAAGUCCUUUCAGAAAAUGUAUAUUUUUGCAGUAUUCAGACGCUAAGCUCUCUACCAAAAAUUACAAAGAAAAAUUAUUUA